AUGAACUCUAAAGAAGAAUCAAGUCUUCAAAAAAAUCUAUAUACUGAUGAAAGUGAUAGUGACAAUAAUGACAGUGAUAUAAUUUCUUCUACAAACAUUUCAACUAGUUAUAAGAUCAAUUAUACUGUUUAUUUGAAAGAAGAAAAGGCUAGUGAAAUUGAUGAUAAUAAUAAUGCAGAUGUUGAAAAAAUAUUAAAUAUUACUUCUAAGCCCCUUCACUAG